GCUGCAUAUCUUCAGAGUUGCAGCCUUGCAGGGUUCUACGCCUUCUUAUCUUCAGUGUCGGCACGCCUCCUUCGCUCACUUCUACGUUGCCGUUUCGUUCAUCGUUAUACUUUUUUGUUCAACACAAGAGAAGGGCUUCCAUGGAGAAUGGAGAUAUUCCCGAGAAUGCCAAUGAGCAUUGCCCGGGUCCUCAGUCUGAAUCUGCUGGAAAAUCUGAUGCAUGUGAAGGAUGCCCAAAUCAGCAAAUCUGUGCCACUGCCCCCAAAGGACCUGACCCUGAUCUGGUUGCUAUUGCAGAAAGAAUGGCUACUGUGAAACAUAAGAUAUUGGUGUUAUCAGGAAAGGGGGGAGUUGGCAAGAGCACAUUUUCUGCUCAGCUGGCAUUUGCUUUAGCAGCAAUGGAUUUUCAAGUGGGUCUUCUUGACAUUGACAUUUGUGGUCCAAGCAUUCCAAAGAUGCUUGGCCUAGAAGGUCAAGAGAUACACCAGAGCAACCUUGGGUGGUCUCCUGUCUAUGUGGAGUCCAACCUUGGGGUCAUGUCAAUUGGGUUCAUGCUUCCUAAUCCCGAUGAAGCUGUUAUAUGGAGAGGUCCACGGAAAAAUGGGCUUAUCAAGCAGUUUUUAAAAGAUGUCUACUGGGGUGAACUUGAUUUUCUAAUUGUUGAUGCUCCACCAGGAACCUCAGAUGAACACAUUUCAAUUGUUCAAUGCCUUGAUGCCACUGGAGUAGAUGGUGCAAUCGUAGUUACUACUCCUCAACUAGUCUCUCUUAUUGAUGUGAGAAAAGAAGUGAAUUUUUGCAAGAAAGUUGGAGUGAAAGUUCUUGGGGUAGUAGAGAAUAUGAGUAGUCUGUGCCAGCCCAUCACAGAUUUGAAGUUUGCGAAGUUGACAGAUACUGGUGAGCAGAAAGAUGUUACAGAGUGGGUUUGGGAAUACCUGAGAGAGAGAGCACCAGAAAUGCUGAAUAUAAUUGCUUGCAGUGAAGUAUUUGAUAGUAGCGGUGGUGGAGCACUGAAAAUGUGCAAUGAAAUGGGGGUACCCUUUCUUGGUAAAGUUCCUUUAGAUCCGCAGCUUUGUAAGGCAGCUGAAGAAGGUAGAUCCUGCUUUGCUAAUAAAGAUUGUGUCGUGAGUGCUCCGGCAUUAAAGAAAAUUAUAGAGAAGUUGAUUGAAAAUAAUGGGUUGUCAUUGUUAGCAAGUAAUGGAGUGUAGGGGAUUUGCUUUAUGGUGAUCUUUGUAAAUUAAACUAUAAUUUUGUCCAUGAACCUCUUUGCACAGAAAUCUGUUUAAGGCAUUUAAUAUAUAAUGAUAUGGGUUUGAGACAUUUUGGGAGCAGAAGUAUUGGUUUUCUGGGUCACCUUGUAAUACGUGCUUGACAAUGUAGUUACAGAUUAAUUUACAGUAAAACAUGUUUAUCAGUUCGUAUUAACAUUGUAUGUUUUAUUGUGUUUAACAUUACAUGCAUAUUUCUACC